AUGGAAGCCGAGGUAUCAGUGCAAGAGGAUCGCCCUGCCUGUCGCGCUUGUCGCAAGCGGAAACUCCGCUGCUCGCGCGAAGUCCCGCUCUGCGCUCAUUGUCGGAGGAUUGGGACGACGUGUGUGUAUGAUGGGGAGCGAGAGAAACCGGGUCUUAAGGCUGGAGCGGUGGAGGCGUUGAGGAGACGGGUUGAGGCGCUGGAGGAUGCUGUGUUCCACCAGGAACGACCACAAGAGCAUCGACCAGGAUCUGAUAGCAAUGCGGUGGCUACUGCGCUUCGAGAAGGAAUGGAGCUGCUGCUUGGACAACUGCAGCAACAGCAGCCUCAUACCCGUAAACGACCAUGCGAGGACCUGGUGUCUGAUGUACCGCGCUCACCAUCCAACAAACGGAGACGGGUGAACGAUAGCCUGAUUGAGCCCGACGACUACAGCUUCUCCGAUCUUUCGGCUAGUCUACCCCCGCCAGCUGUUCUAGAGGCCGUGGUUGAUUCGUACUUCGCACUCGUACAGCCGUGGAUCCCGAUCUUCCACGAAAAGAGAUUCCGACGGCGGCUGAGAAGCCCGGACAGGUCUCGCCUGGAGGUUGUGCUGCAUGCGAUGGUGGUUGCGAUGCUCAAGCAUGUCGAUCAGUCUGAGCUUCCGGCGGAUCUCAAAGAUAUCGAGGCCGUCUGUGAACGGUCCCGGAAGAUCGUCGUGUUGACGGCAAUGGAUGACCUCUAUGUGGAGAAUUUGCAGGCUUUGAUUAUCAUAUGCUUUGAGGAUAUUGGAUCCGGGAGGGUCUCUCGAGCGUGGCCGAUUGUCGGUUCCUUGACGAGAACAGUCGAGUACCUCCAAUUGAGCGUAGAGUCCGAGAACCACGAUACUGGCCGAGUCUUGCAGCCUCGACCUUCCCUCCCAGUGGCUGCAGACUGGGUAGAGGAGGAAGAACGGCGGCGUGUGUUUUGGACUGUUUUCAACUUGGACAGAUGGAACACGAGCCUCACCUCCAAUGACGUCCACCGCCGCCUCCCCGCAGACGGCGGUCUCUGGCACAACGAGGAACCCGUCACAACGCCCUUCUUCGGCAUCUGGGACCGCUCGGCCGGCAAGAUCGGCACCCUCAUCGCCUUCCUACCUACAGACAAGCCGUCGCCCACCGCGCAAGUCGACAUGUCCACCGUAGGCGCCUUCGCCUACCGCGUCGAAGCCACCGAGUCGCUCAGCCGCGUGACGACCUUCUUCCUGCAGCAGCGGAUCAACCACCGCGACCGCCAGGAGAUGGGAAGCUGGCUGAUGCGGUUCAAGGAGCUGGAUCUCCGCCUGGUCAGCUGGAAGAUGUUCCUGCCGCAGAAGUGGAAGGACACGAAUAUCUCGCGGCAGCCGACGGUGGUGACGAUGGAUCCGAACCUGACGCUGGCGCAUAUCACUCACAACACGUCGAUGAUCCUGCUGCAUCAGCGGAUUGCGUAUCCGCCGCCGGAGUGGCUGGAGGUGGUGAAGUUGCCGACCCUGUCCAGCGCGGAGACGUGCGAGGCGGCGGCGGCCGAGACGGCGAAUAUCACGGAGAAAUAUCUAGGGAAUUGUCCGCGGGAGGGCGUCGUCGAUAGCCAGUUUGCGUUUUGUGUGUUUGUCAGUGCGAGGGUUCUACUUGUACAUUGGAGAUACUAUGGCACGCCCCUGUCUCCAGAUUACUGGACACUGAUGAAAUGCCUCGAUGCCAUGGCGACGCGCUGGUCUGGUCGUGUACAGGCGAGUCGUCAGAACUCAGCCGCCAGGUAUUUUGGCCAGCUCAACGCCAUCCACCGGGCAUGUCAGAGCGACGAGAACUUUAAGCUGGAUGUUCUGGGCUACUCCAACGAGAUUGAGUGGACGGGAGAUAGCCAGCAAACAGCACCAGCAGCAGUACCUGAAAGCACGACCGGAUUGUCUCAGGGUGCCUUUCCUCCAGAUCUAGCGCCAAUGCUGCAGUCCAGUCCGGCAAGAAUGAGCUACAAUACAGGCAGCCCGGACGAGUUGACGACGGUAACAUCGAUCCUGUUGGAUCAGCAGUACUCGGAGAUGGACCGGAUCAUCAGUCUAAACAAUGCAUAUUUCGCAUCCGAUGUAGCGUAUAAUAACGAUAUGCCUCCCCUCCCCAAUUUCAGCAACAACCCCCUCCUCACCCGCAACGACUUCCUCCACGCAGCCCUCGCCCUCGUCCGCCCUCUGCACGCCCGCUUCUCCCCCGCACACGCCUUAAUCCGCCUCCCCAUCUCAACAGGCGCCCACUUCGACGAUGGCGCCGCCUUGCUGGAGGGAUUCGCCCGCCCGCUCUGGGUCAUCGCGACCCUCCUACAUUCCUUAUCCUUCACUUCCGACCCCGUCACCGUCGAAGCCAUAAAAACCGUAUCGCAACCCUGGGUCGAGGGCAUCCGCGCCGGCACAGACCCAGAGCAUGAAGAAUACUGGGGCUCCAUCGCCAACGGCGACCAGCGCAUGGUCGAGGCGGAGGUACUAGCUUGCGCGCUGCUCUUCGCACCCGACGCCUUCUUCCACGCCCAGGAUGAGGCCACACAGCGCAACAUUGUUGCGUGGCUGCGCGGCAUGCACAGGAAGGACAUGCCGGUGAAUAAUUGGCGGUGGUUUCGGGUGUUUGCGAACCUGGCGCUUGUUCUUGUUGCGGGUGUUCCGUAUGAUGAGGUCAAGGAGGAAAUGGAUGCGGAUUUUGCGGUCCUGGAUGGGUUUUAUCUCGUCGGUGGCUGGUCCGGCGAUGGGCCGUGGUUGUCUGCUGAGGAGGAGAUAAGGGAGCGGGAGCAGAGGAUGCGGACGGGGCGAUGGGAUACCGUAGGGUGUGGGCGCCAGGCGGAUUACUAUUCUGGCAGUUUUGCGAUUCAGUUUAGUCAGUUACUUUUUGUGAAAUUUGCCAGCCAUUUGGACCCCGAGCGGACGGAGAGAUAUCGGGUGCAGGCGAGGGAGUUUGGGGGGAGUUUUUGGCGGUAUUUUGACAAAGACGGAGGCGCAAUCCCCUUUGGACGGUCCCUGACCUAUCGCUUUGCGUGUGGAGCGUUCUUCGCGGCGCUGGCUGUCGCUGAUAUCUCUGAUAUGCCCGAGCCGCUGGCUUCUCCGGGCGCAGUCAAAGGCUUCCUGCUGAGGCAUCUACGCUGGUGGGCGGCUCACUCGGCGGACAUGUUCUACGCCGAUGGGACAAUGAACAUCGGCUACUUGUACCCAAACAUGUACAUGGCGGAAGACUACAACUCCCCCCAGUCAGUCUACUGGAGCCUCAAGUCCCUCAUCGUCCUUCUCCUCCCCGACUCGCACCCUUUCUGGACCACCCCAGAAGCAGCUUACCCAUCCACACAAACACCAGUGGAGAUAGUCUCCGCCCCGCAGCAGCUCCUCUGCAACCACCCAGCUGGAGGCCACCACUUCCUCCUCAACCCAGCGCAAUUCGUCGCCUGGCCGAUGAAAGCCUCGCAGGCGAAGUACUGCAAGUUCGCGUACUCGUCCGCCUUCGCGUUUAGCGUGCCCACGGGACCACUGAUACAGCAGCUCGCGCCGGAUAGUACCCUUGCGCUGAGCCGGGAUGGGUGCGCGACCUGGGCUGUCAAGUGGAAGGCGUCGCCUGUUCGGUAUGACACUGCUACUGUACAGGAGCAGAAAGAGAGGAUCCCCGUGGCGGAGGUCGAGUGGUGGCCGUGGGUGGAUGGACAGGUCUCGGUGCGGACUACGCUUGUUCCGCCGACGGAUCGGUGGCCGGAUUGGCAUGUUAGGGUUCAUCGAAUUCGGGGUAGGAAUCUGGAGAGGUUGUAUGCAGUGGAUGGUGGAUUUGCGAUUGCGCGGGUCCCGAGGGGGAAUGUGAGGACGCCAGGUCGGGAGCGGAUUCUUCCUGCUCUUGAGGGCGAGGAUUGGUUGUGUCAGGAUAUUGGGGUAUGCGAGGGUGUGCAUGUGUCUCAGGAUAGUGUGCUUGUUCUGUCUGCGGCUGGUGCGAGUGGUGUUCGUGGGAUGGCUUCCAUGGGCAGGACGGAGCAUGAGGCGCUGAAGCCGGACUCGAAUACGAAUCUCAUGGCGCAGAGGACGUUGAUUCCGGUUGUAAGACAUGAGAUUGACUGCGACUCUCAGCAGGUGGUCCUGGUGACGGCCGUCUUUGCUGUUGCAACGACACAGGAUCAGAGUCAGAGAAGUCUACGGGAAAGAUGGAUGGAUUUUCCUCGUGUUGUUCUGGGGGCUGAUGGUAUCACGCUGCAGUAG